UGAAUUUGGACAACUCACUAUUUUACUUUCAGCCAUACAUUUGAUAGCUAUUAAUGGGAUGGUUAGGAUUUCUUGAUCAGUAUAAUUUUAGAGAUGUAAUCAAUACACAAUGAGAACCACAGUUCGGAUGGUCUAGAUAGCUGUGUGAGGACACUGAAGAGGAUGUGUCACCACAAUCUUCUAAAUGGUGAAGAACUAACAUUUGAGUCUACAACCAUCCAUGUAUUUCCCGCCCCUUUUGCAUACUCCCGCUCAGAGAAAGAAGCCCUAGAAAUGAAAGGAGGGGCAGAAAGCGAUUUUGAAAGAGAAGACGAUGAUGAAAGAAAGGAGAUUCUCAAAGAUCGGUUUCGUCUCUCUCUCAUUUCUAUUGCCGAAUCCGAAGCUAAAAAGUACGGUAUGGAGAUAUCUGCACCAGUCAUGACAUGCAUUUCUGACCUUACUUUCAAAUUCACAGAGCAGUUGGCGAAGGACCUAGAGCUAUUUGCACGGCACGCCAAUCGCAAGUCUGUGAACGUGGAAGACGUCAUACUUUCUGCUCAUAGGAAUGAACAUGUUGCUACAUCGUUAAGGUCCUUUGCUGAUGAAAUGAAGGGAAAAGAGCCUCAAAAUGACAAGAAACGAAAGAAGUCUUCAAAAAAAAAAGAAACAGUUAUUCCUGAUCAAGUUGACAUCUCCUGAUGUUAGCCUCAAUAAGAGGUAACCUUCUGCUUAGUCAUGGAUCAAUUAAAAUCAGUGUAAACAGAAUGCAUAUUUUCUUCUAUUAGCUGCCAAUGACAGUUGGUUCUUUCUUUUA